UUUCAAUAUAAAAGCACUAAAGAUUCAAAUCGAUUUGACUCCGUAUGUACUUACAUUAUUUUGCAACAAGGAAGCAUGCUGUUUUUUUAUUUAUGUGUAUUACUUGUAACAAAAUGUAACUUAGCAUACGGUGUAGUAAAUAUAACGAGUAGGCCUGAAAAUACCGAUGGGAAUCAGUACAUAGAAAAGAUUAUAAAAAGAGAUAAUUCAUCGCAACUAGACAAAGGUUUAGAUCCAGUUAUCCAUAAGGAGAAUAGUACAGAUAAGAUUAUAACUUUAGAGCCGAAAGUCGAAAAUGCAAACUUUGAUCCAAAAGAUGAAAAUGCAAAUUUUGAUCCUAAAGACGAAAAUGCAAAUUUUGGACCUAAAGACGAAAAUGCAAAUUUUGAACCUAAAGACGAAAAUGCAAAUUUUGAACCUAAAGACGAAAAUGCAAACUUUGAUCCUAUACACGAAAAUGCAGCUUUAGGGCCGAAAGACGAAAUUGCAACUUUAGAGCAGAAAGAAGAAUAUGCACCUUCAAAACCGAAAGCCGGAAAUUUACGAAAGAAGAGAAGUGGAUGCCACUGUCCAUUGAACUAUUUGAAAGUACACACUUUUAUGACAGAAGAAAGAUUUCUGAAUGCUCUCCACAGAAUCGCUGGUCCAGAACCAAAGAACACAGCUUUUCCUUCACCUUGAUACAGGAAAGUAAUAUAUUUAAUUAAAUUAUGAUA